AUGGUGGUGGUCAGUGAGAAGGCGGACUUGUCUCCAUUGAAGAAUCUGUCAGAGGCGUGUAAGGAUGUGGAGUGGGAUGGCACAGACUUUAUAAAGAUCUUGUACAGGAAGGAAGGAGCGGCUAAAGAAGGAUGCGUCUUGGAUCUGGUCGCUAAGAAGGACACGAAGCUCUCUGUGAGAAUUGGCAUCAAUUACUCUGAUCAUGUGUGUCUGGGAGGGAAGCAUGACGAUUUUGAGUACACUCCAAACAACAUGUGA